GUCUCGGCCUCGAGUCCCUGAUUCUGUUUGGAUUCUGUCAUACAAAGGUCCUGCGAUAACUCAUAGCAGCGGCCAGCAACUAAACUUCGAUAACACCACUCCCGGCCACAACUACCAACUGGCUCGCUAUUGCUGGUCACAAUUACUAGGUCGAAUACACUAGAGCGCUCUACGACGAGCACACGACUGCUAGACACAUAGACUGGGCAGGAUGAAGAACCGCGUCAUAUUCGUUGGUGUCGGAGGGGCGACAUGUUCGGGUAAGACUACCCUUGCCAAGCACCUGCGUAACCUCCUGCCAGGGAGCGUUAUCCUUCACCAGGAUGACUUCGCCCCACCGGAAGAGUUGAUCCCCGUCCAUUCGGAGUAUAAUGUACAAGACUGGGACAGUGCGGAGGGCGCGAUAGACUGGCCGAGGAUGGUCAAGACUCUAAAAGAGGUCAAAGAGACAGGUAUCAUUCCGCCGGAGCACUACUCUCAUGACCACCUCAACGAGCAGAAGGAUGUGCCGGUCGAACGUGAAAUAUCCGAACGGUGGAAAGAUACGUUCACUCGAAUAGCGAAGGAGCACGAAGAGCGGGGAGAACAGUUGAUCUGGGUGGUGGUUGACGGUUUCCUGCUCUACUGGCAUCCGGAAGUCGUGGGGCAACUCGAUGUGCGGGUAUUCCUCCGGGUGCCGCAUGACGUCCUGAAGCAACGACGACAUGAGAGGCACGGCUACCAUACCGCAGUUCAAUCCGAUCCAGAAGGCAGCCUGUGGCGAGACCCACCGAACUACUGGGAGCAGAUCGUAUGGCCAGCAUACGUUGGCGCGCACGCGGGGAUGGUGGAGGGCGGCGACGUCGAACACGGGCGCCCGAACGGAGCCGUUCCGGGGCUGAUCCUGAUCGACGGGCUGGAGAUGGGGUUGUCGGACACCGUCGAGAAGGUCUGUGCGCGGCUUGCGGAGGAAGCGAAGGAGGACAAGUGACUGAGGCGGACGGCCGACAGUGUGUCGAACAUAGAGAGCUUAUGACUAAAUGAUGUGUUGGUGCCCGUAGCUUGCCCGUAGCGUGCCCGGCAACGCUUGUUCCUCUGUUCGAAUCCGGUUCGAAUGCCCAAAUAUGAGUGCGGAUGCGGGGCUGGGCUGGGCUGGCCAAUGCGCGCACGCGAAUUCAUGUGGGAUGCGGGGUCCGAUUCGUCCGGGCGGUGGAUCCGGAGGCAGAGCGGAAUUCACAUGCCCUUCCGCGUCCUCGUGACAGUCAUCCCUAUAAGACCAUCUCGCUCACUGCGAUCGCCUGCAACCC